AUGACAAACAUCAAGUAUAAGGAGCCUAGUCUAAACAGGCACAAUAGAGAAGACCCUAUAGGGACACCUAUUAGCCAUGCCAAGAACGAAGAAAUGAAAAAUGAGGAGAAACCCAAAGUAGAGGAAGACGGAGAAGAAGAAGAAGAAGAAGGUGUUAAUGCGAUGGCGGAGGAUUUAGAUCAGAUAGGUUUGAUAAAUCUUAGUUACUUCCUAGACAAGAUCAACUUUAACCUUCCCAACUUUGAUCUAAAAAAUAUCUCAAAUGAGAUCAAUAAACAAGUGGAUAAAUAUAAAUCAUACUAUAGAGGUUACAACAAUGGAAGUAUGGCCGAGGAUGGAGAUCAUGAUACGAGUAGUGGUAUUGAUGGCGGAGUAGACCUUGUAAAUGGGGUUCGAGGAGAUGCUGCACAUAUAUUGAACUCGCUCAAGACGAUUCUAAAUACACGACUACAAAUCAAACAAUUUUCCAGUGAUUUAACUGCGGCAUUAGAUAAGUUACAACCAAUUACUGAAGUUAUACAUCGUGCAGUAACACUACCGGCAGAUGACCUGUCAGAUUUCGAAGAUAACGAUAUUGAUAGCGAUAUUGAUAGCGAUAUAGUUUUUGACGAGGAUAAAGGUCAAAAAGGAAAAAGUAAAGAUGUGGAGUUGGGAUCUGAAGCAGAGAUGGAUCCCGAAGUGCAAAAAGUUGCCGAUGCUAUAGGUUUGAGUGAUGUGAUUAGUAGUGGACAAGAGUAUAUUGCCAAGUUUAUCAAACAAGUCACCGGCUCUACUACUAGUCUUGAUGCUAAUAACAAUGACUAUAAAGAUCAUACCCCACAACAUUUAGAUAUGGAUAAUCAAACGAAUCAUGUUCCACUUGAUCAAGUUGAAGGUCUUUCCAGUGAAUUGAUAAAAGAGUUGACCGAGGUGGAAUGUAUGAAUGACUUUAAAAAAGAAGAGAUAUUACGAAGCAAAAUAUUAGCGAUCCAGCAAUUGUCUAUUGACCAAACAGCCAAGAAUAGACUAAUGACAAAGUUGAUGAUGGGUAAUUACUGCAAAUAUAUCAAUCAGCAAUUGAAAGUGGAAAAAAGGAGACUAUCCAAUUUAUUGGAGGAUCAAAGGGAUGUCUUUGUAGGUGAGAGGAAUGGCAGAGCAAUUGGUAGUACAAAUGAUGGAGCCGCUAUUUACGAUGAAGCUGACCAAAAAGGUUAUAAUAAUUUGAUUAAUAAUGAAGGGGUGAAUGGUGGUAAUUACAAUCACAAUGAUAAUGAUAAUGACGAAAAUGAAAAUGAAAAUGAAAAUGGAAAUGGAAAUGAAAUUGAGGACGCAGAUGAGGAUGCAGAUGAAGUGAUUAUCACCGAGGAGGAUCAGCAAGUAUCCUAUAAUGACGCUAUUAAUAACAUCCUUGGUUGUCAUCAUUACCAACGAAGCUGUAAAUUGGAAUGUGCUACUUGUCACAAAUGGUACACUUGUCCCUUUUGUCAUGAUGCCCAAACGCGAGACCACAAGAUGGUGCGAAAUCAAGUUCGGCAUAUUUUGUGUAUGCAUUGCAAAACACCUCAAAAUAUCGAGUCUAAAUUCUGUGUCAAUUGCGAAAAAGAGCUUGCCAAUUAUUUUUGUUCGAAAUGUGUGCUAUAUGACGAUGAUCCUAAUAAGGACAUAUACCAUUGUGACAAGUGUGGCAUAUGUCGUUUAGGUCUCGGACUCGAUAAAGAUUAUUUUCAUUGCGAUGUGUGUAAUAUAUGUCUUUCGAUUGAUUUGAAGGAUAAACACAAGUGCGUUACGAAUACUACACAUUGCAACUGCACCAUUUGCAAUGAAUACUUGUUUACCUCAGUACAGAAAGUUGUUUUUAUGAAAUGUGGUCAUUCCAUCCAUCAGCAUUGCUAUGAUGAGUUGAUCAAGCAUAGUUACAAAUGUCCCAUAUGCAAGAAAUCUAUUGCCAACGUUGAUAAUCAAUUUAGAUUAUUGGAUCAGGAGAUUUCGCAGAGUCCCAUGCCUGAGCCGUAUAAUGAAUGGAUGUGCACUAUAACGUGUAAUGACUGUAAGGGAAAAUCCAAUUGUCAGUAUCAUGUGUUGGGGUUGAAAUGCAAGUACUGUAAGAGUUAUAAUACUAACCAGGUGAAGAUCAAGAAACCAAAUGAGCCUGAAGAAGAGCCGGCAGCAAAUGAGGUUCAUGAUUUUGAUGCUAAUAUCAUGAGGUUGGUGCUGACAAACUUACAAAGUAAUUUCGGUAUUGAUUUGCAACACGGAGUGAGCCUAGAGUGA